AACAGAAGUCGGGUCAAAGCGCAUUUAGGGAUUUAGGAUAGGCAGUCUCAUCCUACUGCGAUACUCUCCUCACUCUUCUCCAUCUGCCAUUGAUUCCUCCGUCAAGCUCUUAGAUCAGUGACGACGGCCAAGCUUUUUCACGGCGGCGAUUGGUGCGGCGACCGUAUUAUCCGGCUUAGAAUCCUCAGUUCUUUCUCCUUUUCGUUUCUCCUUCGAUAUCGAUAUCAAUGGCAGAUGCCUCGCAAACAGUCGAUGGCAACACUCUAGUAGCGAUGUGCCUCUCCCGGAUAGGCAUAGACAAAAUGUUCGGAGUGGUGGGCAUUCCCGUAACUUCACUAGCCAACCGGGCCGUAUCCAACGGCAUUCGUUUCAUCGCCUUCCACAACGAGCAAUCUGCGGGCUACGCCGCCUCCGCAUACGGAUACCUCACGGGUCGACCCGGCGUCCUCCUCACGGUGUCUGGGCCGGGCUGCGUCCACGGGCUGGCGGGGCUAUCCAAUGCUGCCGCCAAUGCCUGGCCCAUGGUCAUGAUUUCCGGCUCCUCCGAGCAGAAGUUCACCGGCCGCGGCGACUUUCAAGAACUCGAUCAAAUCGCAGCCGUCAAGCCAUUCUCCAAAUUCUCUGCUAAGGCCACCGAUAUUACCGAAAUACCCUCGUCGGUUUUCAGUGUCGUCGAUUGGGCCGUGGCGGGUCGACCUGGCGGGACCUACUUGGAUCUCCCGUCGGAUAUCCUUCAUCAAACCGUUGAUUUAUCGGAGGCCGAGAGAUUGAUAGCUCAUGCCCUUAGUUCAAGAAACAAAGAUCUCAUCGAAAAACCGAGGGUUAAUAAUUCAGAAAUUAAGAAGGCCGUGGAGAUGUUGAGGGGGGCAGAGAGGCCCUUGAUUGUGUUCGGUAAAGGGGCGGCUUACGCCAAAGCGGAGAACGAGUUGACUAAAUUAGUCGAGAGCACCGGAAUUCCCUUUCUGCCUACUCCAAUGGGGAAAGGGUUGCUCCCCGAUACGCACGAGCUGGCGGCUACUGCCGCCAGGUCGCUGGCGAUCGGGAAGUGUGACGUGGCAUUAGUGGUCGGCGCGAGGCUUAAUUGGUUGCUUCACUUCGGGGAGCCGCCCAAGUGGUCGAACGACGUGAAAUUCAUACUCGUAGAUAUAUCCAAGGAAGAAAUCGAGUUGAGAAAGCCGUGUUUAGGAAUUGUGGGAGAUGCUAAAGAUGUCGUGGGAAUUUUACAUAAAGAGAUUAAAGAUGACCCGUUUUGUUUCGGAAAAACUCACCCUUGGAUUGAGUCGAUCAAGAAUAAGAGUAAAGAUAAUGUGGCGAGAAUGGAGGUGCAGUUGUCGAAGGAUGUGGUCCCGUUUAAUUUUACGACACCGAUGAGGAUUAUUAGGGAUGCGAUUUCGGGGGUGGGGGCCCCGGCCCCCAUAGUGGUUUCUGAGGGAGCUAAUACUAUGGAUGUCGGUAGGUCGGUUUUGGUUCAGACAGAGGCGAGGACUAGGUUGGAUGCUGGGACGUGGGGGACAAUGGGGGUUGGUCUCGGUUAUUGCAUCGCCGCUGCUGUGGCAGCUCCGGAUAGGCUGGUGGUGGCUGUUGAAGGUGACUCCGGUUUCGGAUUCAGUGCUAUGGAAGUUGAGACGCUAGUUCGGUAUCAGUUUCCGGUGGUGGUUAUAGUGUUCAACAACGGCGGUGUUUACGGCGGUGAUCGGAGAAACCCGGAAGAAAUUACCGGGCCCCACAAGGAGGAUCCUGCGCCCACGUCUUUUGUACCCGGUGCAGCUUAUCAUCUUCUGAUGGAAUCUUUUGGAGGGAAAGGGUAUCUUGUUUCGACUCCAGACGAGUUGAAAUCGGCACUUGAGGAAUCGUUUUCCGCGAGGAAACCUGCUGUAAUAAAUGUGGUGAUCGAUCCGUAUGCCGGUGCCGAGAGUGGGAGGAUGCAGCACAAAAAUUGAGUCGAGCCCGGAUAAUAAUUAUAUUAAAUAAAAUUAAAUAAAUAUUUUGUAUUUCGGUGCUGGUAUUUUUAUUUUAUUUUGUAAUAAAUUUAUUAGUGACAAAGAACUCGUAAUCUGCAAACAAGAGUUGGCAAAUUAAGUGUAAAAUCAAGGGAAAGAUGUGGAUCACAUGUCAGCACAAUUACUGGUUCUAAUUGAGUUGGAUUAAGAGAUAAUCAGAUUUAACUAA